AUGCCGGAGGGCAUCGAUGCCGUCACAGACUGCGGUCUGCCGGCUCUGGGCAUCGCCUGCAUCCGGGGCUAUGUCGAUUGUGCCAGGACUUUGAUCCAGUGCAGUGCCUCGCCAGAACAGCUCGAUGCCCGGGGCAACGGCCCCUUGCAUUGGGCAGCAGCCAGCUAUGCUGAUAAAAGCGCGAACGAUCUGGCCGAGAUGCUUCUGGAGGCGGGUGCAGACCCCUUUGCUUGCAACGGGAGCGGCCAGCUGCCCGACAUCCCGAACCUGCAGGACAUGGCGCUAGCGCAGGCUGCCGCCCAGCGCCAGCAGGUCACCUACCAGUCCGAGGUACGCCGAUGCCUCCUUGCGAGCGUCCGGCCCAGCUUUGAAGAGAUCACAGAGAGCAUUGCGGAGCUCUUCCCCGAAGCCAAAGAUUGCACUGCCCGGUACGUCGACGAGGAUGGGGACGCGUGCACGCUUUGCGAGGCUUCGCUGUCAGACUUCCUGGCUCAGGCAGCCAACGGCGUGAACAUGGCCAACAGCACAGGCAAGAUGGUGCUCCGCCUGGAGCUCGUGAGCCUUCCUCAGGCCGAGGCAAGCAGUGCACCCACGGACAUCCCUCUUCAGGGCAGUGAGACGUUCCCGGCAAGCGACUCGCCUUCCGAUGUCGUGCAGGAUCCCGAGCAUAGCAAGGAUCCGAAGGAGAUGCCAGACUGGAACGUCGUUGACGUCCCAGAGGCGAACAAGGAUGACAGCAUGCCACCACAGACCAGCAACAGCCAGGCCACCGUACAAGGGCCCGACUCCAUGGCAAUGUCCGCGAAGCACAGCCAGGUUACGAACAUGCAGGAAGCCUUCGAAGGCAGCCAGAAUGACAGCGUGCCUGAGGCCAUGUGCGAGGCAAGCAACUUUGCGAUGCCAUUGCCUGCCGACAGCAACGAAGCCGUCAACGGCGAGAAAGCUCCUUGCAGCAAGGGCAAAGGCUACAAGGGCAAAGGCAAGGGCAAAGGAAAGUUUGGAUGGAAAGGGCAUUGGUACGGCCCCGAGCACCAGCAGGAGCACCCUUCGCAAAGCUGGUGGCAGGGAUGGCGCGGAUGGUGCGAGUGGGAGCCCGAAGACGCCGACGUGCACCAUGAUGCCGGCGAGACACGUGAGGAUCCACCCGACAACGCAGACCAAGCAGGCAGCUGCAAGGGCAAGGGCAAGUUCAAGGGCAAGGCAGGUAAGUGCGGCAAGGGCAAGUUCGCGUGGCACUGCCCGGACGGGGAGCAGGAGCACCAGCGGCGGCAGAACGGAGCCUUGGUGGCAGUGGUACGGUUGGCCGCAGUGGCGCCAGCCGGAAGCCACGAUUCCGAGCUCAACCAGUGUCCCAUGAAGUACAUUCCUCUUUAUCUCGAGCACCGGGCUGAGCAGCAGCUGGCACGUUUCCUCGCCGAAGUGACGCCGGAGAGUGCCAGCCAGUUCCUGGUGGCCUUUCUGAGUGAACUGGAGGCUCUAGACGAAGAGAAGAAGCUGAACGUCAUGGCACGCUUCUUCGAGUCUCAAGAGGAGCGUCUGCAGAAGAUCUUGCAGUGGAGCAGUCCGCAGCUGCCGGGCCUUUUCUUGCUGGGCAUGCUCGGGCAUGGCAAGGGCGGGAAGUGGGGAAAGGGCUGGGCAAAGGGCAAGGCCAAGGGCAAAUGCUGGGUCGGUUCUCACAUGGCAAGGGGUGCAGAUGAGACAGUGCCAGUGAGCACCACCGACGACCAGCAUAACCAGCCGGCCCAUGACCCUUCAUGGAAUUAUUUCCUCAACGUGCCCAAGGAUCCGAACUACGUGCCGUACGCGGCUCGAAAGGACAAAUCUUUGUCGUUGGCAGAGCUUACGGUGGCAGCGGGUGCAGAGCCCGCUAGCAGCAGCGAUGGUCAGCCUGUGGACGAUCCUUUGUGGAACUCCUUCCUCAACUUGCCCAAGGAUCCAAACUACAAGUCCUACGUGGCUCGCAAGAUGGAGAAGUUUGCCUCGAGGAUGCAGAAGAACCGCUUCGAGCCGGACCAGGCUUAG